AUGGCAACCUUUGGCAAGGCGACAUUCAACGCGGCGAAGUACGCUACCAGCCGCCCUACCUACCCCAGGGUGCUGUAUGACUUUGUGUUCAAGUUCCACGAGCGCGUCAAUGGCGCGCGGUGGGAAACCGCCGUCGACAUAGGCUGCGGUACUGGCCAGGCUACGGUCGAGCUCACGCCAUUCCAGCGUAUUAUCGGCGUUGACCCGAGCGCGCGCAUGAUCGAGCAAGCGCGGGAGGGCGUGAAGUCGCGCCUCGCUGGACUUGACUUGUCCUCCCGGGUCGAGUUCGUGCAGGCCUCUGCCGAGGACCUCCCUGUUGAACAGGGAAGCGUCGACCUCAUAGUUGCAGCCCAGGCUUGCCACUGGUUCAACUGGAACAAGGUUUGGCCAGAGGUCGCACGGGCGUUGCGCAAGGACGGAACGUUCGCAGCGUGGGGCUAUUCGGAAUUUCGCCUCUCGCGGUUCCCCUCUGCGACACCCCUCAUCAAUGAUUACGCCCAAGGCAGCGACCCCUCCGACUCACUCGGGACGUACUGGGAGCGUCCGGGGCGCACCAUCCUCGACGAGCACCUGGUUGCCGUCCCAGACCCGCGCGAGGCCCUCCCCGGCCAGUUCAGCGAGUUCGAGCGCAUCUACUUCACAGGUUCGCACUACCCCGACCUUGCGGGCGCGCGCCCGGUGAUUCUACGCAAGUCGCUGACGUGGACGGAGCUGCUGGGCUACUUCCGUACGUGGAGCCCGCUGCACACGUUCCACGAGAAGCACCCCGAGGACCUCGAGCGGCCGGAGGGCGACAUCGCAGUGCGGUUCUGGCGCAAGCUGAAGGAGGAGGUUGGGCGCGUGGAGGGGAAGGAGGUGCCCAAGGACGAGGAUAUCGUGGACAUCGAGUGGCCGAUGGCGCUGCUCCUCGCGCGCAAGGCUUAG